AUGGUCCUGGUCCACGUCGGCUAUCUCGUGCUUCCAGUGUUUGGCUCUGUGCGAAACAGAGGUGCCCCCUUUCAAAGGUCUCAGCUUCCUCACGCUACCUCCUGCCGCCACUUCCACCUGGGCCCCCCGCAGCCGCAGCAGCUCGCCCCAGACUUCCCCCUGGCCCACCCCGUGCAGUCGCAGCCGGGCCUCAGCGCCCACAUGGCCCCGGCCCACCAGCACAGCGGCGCCCUGCACCAGUCGCUGACCCCGCUGCCCGCCCUGCAGUUCCAGGACGUCACAGGUCCCUCCUUCCUACCUCAGGCCCUGCACCAGCAAUACCUCCUGCAGCAGCAGCUCCUGGAAGCCCAGCACCGCCGGCUCGUCUCGCACCCGAGGCGGAGUCAGGAGCGCGUGUCUGUCCAUCCCCACCGCCUCCACCCCAGCUUCGACUUCGGCCACCAACUACAGACACCUCAGCCCAGGUAUUUGGCUGAGGGCACUGACUGGGAUCUCAGUGUGGACGCCGGCUUGAGUUCUGCUCAGUUCCAGGUGCGGCCCGUCCCUCAGCACUAUCAGCAUUACCUAGCAACUCUUCGAAUGCACCAUUUCCCCCGAAACUCCUCCUCCACGCAGAUGGUCGUCCAUGAAAUCCGAAACUACCCUUACCCUCAGCUUCACUUCCUUGCUCUCCAGGGACUGAACCCCAGCAGACACACCUCCGCUGUGCGGGAGAGCUAUGAGGAGCUGCUGCAGCUCGAGGACAGGUUGGGAAACGUGACUCGGGGAGCAGUACAGAACACCAUCGAGAGGUUCACCUUCCCCCACAAGUACAAGAAGCGAAGACCCCUGGAUGGGAAGGGCAAGAAGGAGGAGGGAGAGGAGUCAGACACCGAUGAGAAAUGCACGAUCUGCCUGUCUCUGCUGGAAGAUGGAGAAGAUGUGAGGCGCCUCCCCUGUAUGCAUCUCUUUCAUCAACUGUGUGUGGACCAGUGGCUCGCCAUGAGCAAGAAAUGCCCCAUCUGCCGAGUGGACAUUGAGACACAACUGGGAGCCGACAGCUGA